AAAUCAACUGUUGGGAAAAUAAGAAGCUGAAACUGACAGGAUCUGUCCAUCCCUUAGUGCAGCUGAGGAUCUGUUUCUCAGGUUGGUGGGCUCUUUUUCGCUAUUUUAAGCCUGCCAGUUUAUCGUGAAAAUUCUGAGAACAAGGGAGGGUGAUGCUAAGCUGAAAAGAAAUGAAACAGACCAAACUGGCAACCAGAUUGCAAUACCAACCCUACCUCAUGUUCUCAUGAUGUUCAUAGCUAGGUUGCAAGGGACACACCCCUUUUGGCUUGGACCGCUUCCAAACACUUCUGUUUUGGCAGCCGCUAAAAAAUUGAUCUCAGUUUGGAAAUAACUUGCGUUUCUUCUGCACCCGGCGCCGACUGGGACCGUCCUGCUCAUGGGCAACCGAGGGUAUCAUUCCAGUAGCCGACAUACUUCUCCCUACACCUGGUGACUGGUUUGGAUUUGCCCCGGAGAGUUGGCUUUAGAUAAGAACACAUGAAACCUUGGGUGUUCUUUUGGAUCUUCAGGAGCGGUGGCUACGAAGGAGGGGCUGACAUGCUUUUCUGAGUUUGGUUUCGCCCUCAGAAGGGACAAAGGGGUGAAAGAUUAAGACAGAAGACCUCGGUGACUCUUUGCAAACCGCCAUUCCCUCCAGAUCGAGCCACCUGGUACAAGGGCCCUCGAUGAUGCCUGGAGGGCAAAUUGCUGGGGAUAUGAGUUCUCUUCACACGUUACAACAGCUCGUGCAGGUUCCAGGCCACAUGCAAUCCGUCCCCCUUUUCCUGCUUUCUCAGGGCCCAGCAGGACAACAAGCUCUGCAACCAAAUCUCCUGUCCUUUCCUCAGCAGCAGAGUGGGAUCCUCCUUCCCCAACAUGGGCACAGCUUGACGUCUCAGGCGGUGGGACGUCCUGGGCACCCCGGAUCGUCGUUGGAGCCCCACCUGGAAGUCCCUCAGCACUUACAAGUGAGCAAACACUUGCCGUCCUCAGUGGCAACGGACGAAGCCAAUGAUCUAGAGGAGCUCGAGAAAUUUGCCAAGACUUUCAAACAGAGGCGAAUCAAACUUGGGUUCACUCAGGGCGAUGUGGGGCUGGCCAUGGGGAAGCUCUAUGGGAAUGACUUCAGCCAAACCACCAUUUCCCGCUUUGAGGCCCUCAAUCUGAGCUUCAAGAAUAUGUGCAAGCUGAAACCACUGCUGGAGAAGUGGCUGAGCGAUGCAGAAGCUUCCCCUUUGGAUUCUUCCAUCAGCACACCCAGUUCCUACCCAUCUGUGAGCGAGAUGUUUGGUCGCAAGAGAAAGAAACGCACCAGCAUCGAGACCAACAUUCGCUCCACGCUGGAGAAACGGUUCCAAGAUAACCCCAAGCCCAGCUCAGAGGAGAUCUCCAUGAUUGCAGAACAGUUGUCCAUGGAGAAGGAAGUGGUCCGGGUUUGGUUCUGCAACCGGCGCCAGAAAGAGAAGCGCAUCAGCUGCCCGAUGCCCUCCCCUAUCAAAUCACCCCUCUACAACUCCAGACUGGUGUCUACCUCAGGAUCCUUGGGUCCCCUGUCUGUCACUCCUGUUCACAGCACCAUGCAUGGGGCAGUGACAUCAUCAUGCUCUCCGGGAAACUCCAGCCGGCCCUCGUCUCCUGGCACGGGUCUCCAUGCCAGCAGCCCCGGCAUGUCCCAGAGCAACUCCAAAGCAGCCAUCAACUCCUCCAGCUUCAACUCUUCUGGAUCCUGGUACCGAUGGAACCAGCCCACCUACCUCCACUGAAGCCCCAUUCCCCAAAGAGCAGACAACUCCACCUUCUUCUUCUCUGCA